GGCUACCGCCAUGAGACUGUCAACCACGCCAAGGAGUUCAAGACUGCGGCUGGUGUUCAUACAAACACCAUCGAAGGAACCUGGAAUGGCAUCAAGUCCAUUAUUAAGGCCCGCCACAGAACAGCUCCGAUCAUGAAGUAUCGUCUUGCCGAGUUCAUUUUCCGUCGCAAGCAUGCUGGGGACCUCUGGGGUGGCAUUAUCAAGGCAUUAAAAGAAGUAUCCUUUGACAAGGUUACUUCUUCGGAUGAUAUAGAUGAAGAAUUCAUCUAUACAGAGGUCAAACGGGAACGUAGCGAUUUGGAUCACGAUGAUUCGGAGUUCAAUGAUAAUACGCAAUGGGAAACCGAUACCGAGGAUGAUGAUGACACAUCAGGUGAAUACACAGCUGACUCUCAUAGAAAACGCCCUAGAGGCCAAUAA